AUGUCUCAUGAAAAUAUCGAACAUGAAUCAAGUGUACACACUUCAGAAGCAGAAAAAGUUAAACUUGUUCAAUCACGGGAAGAUGUUCAAGUUAAGCUUCAUCUUGGCAAAUCGGUGUUUACAGAUAAUAAAAUUUCUGGUACCAUCGAAGUUACUCCUGAUACUGCCAGAAAACUCGUUAAAAAAUUUGUAUUAGUUGUUGAUGGUUCGAAGGUAACUACAUUUGAUAGGGAAUAUCGACGUAUAUCAGCAUCUGGUUUUGAUCCAACAAAACAAAGUAUAUCAAUAAGUAUUGAGGCUGAGCCCCUAAGUUCAGGUUUACCGUUAAAAACCUCCAACACUCAAUCGUUUUCGAUUAAACCUAGAAUUUCUUAUUUAACACCAACUGCAAACAUUGUAUGGCCAGAUUCAGCUUCAAAACCUAAUCUUAAUAUUCGAUGGCAUCAUAUUGGUGAUCCAACAGUUAAACAAUAUGUUGUUGAAUUAGAUGAUAAAGAAGUUCAAUACAUACGUGAUCCUUCAAUAGCUGAUAUAUAUACAGUUUGUAUUGAUAGUUUUGAACCUGAUGACAAGUCUCUUGAGCAUACUAUUCAUAUCAUAGCAAGAUUUAAGGAUGGCAAAAAAGAAUAUCGAUCAGAUCCUAUUAAAUUUACUGUUCCUAAUACAAAGCAGCUGAUUACUCAAGUUAUAACCGUUACUGAGUUAAAAGGAAGAGCAAAACAAGAAGAAGACGAUGAAGAAGACGAAGAAACAUUAUCACAAGCAGAAUCUAAUCAACCCAAAAAUAAACCGUCUGCAUCAUUACAGUCUCAGAUGAAACCGAAUCAAAGAUCUGAUGUAACAUGUACAAACCUUUCAUGCAGUUGUCAAGGACCACAUGAACAUUUUCCUGGAAUACAACAUUAUUUUGAAAUAAAAGUCAACGAACCAUUAUCAUCAUUUCGACGUGAAACAACAACAAGUUGUUGUGGAGAUAAAUGCGUUCGAGGUCGAAGAGAUGCAUAUGACAAUAAAGAAGAUAUGCGUAAUAAUGGCAAUGAUUUUAAAUGUAAAAAACAAAACAAGGAUCAUAAUGAUGACGACGAUGUUGUUACCUGGAAAUCUUCUCAAUAA